CCCUUCUCCUCUUUCUAAGAGCUCUCUGCAGUUAACCUAUUCCUUGCCCUCACAUCCCACCCACUCCUACUUUAUUCCCUUAUCACCCCCCCUCUGCUCAACUCCCCUGGAGGGGUUACUUACUAAUAAAACAAAAACAACUUCCUCUUCCAGGGUACUUAGAAUCUUGUUUUGCUGAAACUUGCAGGAGGGACUUUUCAGGAAAUUCUCUGCUAGGCGGUGUUCAGUCAUUACCACUUUUUGAAUCCCAAGUAACUUUUGCUAGAUAGCAAAUCCCGGAGUUAAACUGUACACACAAAGACAUUGAAGACACAUCUGAAGUUUAUACUCAGUCCUUGGCAAAAAAGAACAUGAAUCCUGCAAAAUUACACAGCACUUGGUCAAACCGUUCCGCCACCAAUGAAUUACGCAGCUGUAAUGAAUCCGGCGAUGAAUCCUGCUCCGUAUCCACCAACCGGCACAGCUGGAAUGAAUAUGGCAGCGAUUCAAUCUCCUUAUCCACCAACCGGCACUGAAAGUCUGCUAACUCCUCUCCUCUACCCUCCAGCCCACAGUGACGGAGGAAUGGGUGUAGUAUCUGGAUAUGAAGGGAUGGCUGAUGGAAGUGGUCAGAUAUUACCUCCUCCCCCAGACAUGUUUCCUGGGCCUGUUGUUCCAGCUCCUGUAACUACUCCAGACUGGACAAUCCCGUCUAUUAGCGAAAACACUGCAAAAGAAGCUUUCCUAGAAUAUGCAAAUAGUCACUGCUGCUAUGGGACUGGUCCGGCUACAGAUAUGGUAUUACAGAAAAUGCAACCAUUUAAUACGUAUAGGUAUCGUUUGGAAACUUUCACAGAGUCGCGUGACUGUGAGUGGGUGACUGCUCCAUACACAGGUCAGACAGUGGACUCCUCAGCAUACGGACCUGCUCCUCUGCCUUGGGAAUUAGUUGUGCCUGCUCCUACUUUCAUCAAGGAUGAAACGCACAAAGUGCCAGUUCCUCACACAUCUUCUAUGAAGCCCUGCCCACAGUGCUUGGGGAUAGGCAAAAUUGUUUGCACGAAAUGCCAUGGUGUUGGUCGGGUGCAGUGCACAAAUUGCAAUGGAAAGGGCCGUAAGGACGAUGAGGACUGCAGCGACUGCUCUGCAAAUGGGACACAAAGUUGCAAGGAAUGCUCUAGUACCUGUCAUGUAAUUUGCACUGGCUGCACCGGCAGAGGGCAGGUUCUGAAUUACAUCCAGUUGAAUGUCACAUGGAAAAAUAAUAUUUUUGAAUUUAUUGCCGAUCACAAGUCUGAAUUUCCUACUGAUCACUUCAAGGCAGUAAACGGAGAGAAAAUGUUUACUGAUGAACAGUUCAUGGUGCCUCCUAUAAUGAAUUUCCCUGAUCCCACCAUCAACCAAACAUCACAGAAUGCUCUGCAGCAGCACCAUUCUCAGUUUGCCUCCACAAGUCGCAUACUCAGACAGAGACAAACAAUUGAAUGGCUGCCCCUCACCCUAGUGGAAUAUAACUGGAAAGGAGAUAAACACAACUACUUUGUGUACGGAAAAGAGAACAAAGUCUAUACAAAAAAAUACCCUGCAACAUGCUGCUGCUGCGUAAUCCUGUGAUCUGUGCUCUUAGGCCAACCAGAACGCAGCAGAUAAAUGACCACGUGUACCUAGCGGAUUGUUCAAUUGAACAUAGGUGGCAGAUGCAUGUUUCCCUUGUUGUUGAUUAUAUGAUUAUAUUAAAAGUUACACAUAUUAAUUACUCUUAUACAAAGUAUUAUGUAAUGUGAAAGAAGAUGCAUUAACUUCAUAUUUUAAAGAACUGUAUAUUUAUUUUUUUCUACAAAAAUAAAUGUACAUCUUACAUUUUUUUUUCUAAAUAAACAUAUUGUCAAUCUUG